UGGGGGAGUGUGGGAAAGAGCAGCGCUGGAGCGUCCCAGCAGCGAGGUGGCCACGUGCAAGACUUGGGGCGCCAGCCUGGGGGCACUGGUAGAACCGGAGGCUGCCGUGGAAAGUCCUCCCUGCACGGCAGGAGGGGGCUGACUGGGGGAGGGACGGCGGUUUAGGGCCUAGGGGGCCACGUGACCCUCCCCCAGGAAUGCGGUGACGUCACUGGGGGCGUGGCUGUCCCCAAAAUUGGGGAGGAAGGGGAAAAAAAAAAGCCAGAAAAAGUUUCUUUCCUGGAGUCCCAAAAGAGGUGUGGGACGGAAGAAGGGGUCAAGACCAGAGGCUUGGGACUACACGGGGGCCGAUCGCUGUCUGGAGUCCCCUGUUCCAGGCCAUGUCGGGGCCCACCUGGCUCCCCCCAAAGCAGCUGGAGCCUGCCAGAGCCCCUCUGGGAAGAGCACUCUCCCGAGGUGCCCCGGGGCCGCCGCCAGCCCACGGAGCAGCACUUCAGCCCCACCCCAGGGUCAAUUUUUGCCCCCUCCCAUCUGAGCAGUGUUACCAGGCCCCGGGGGGACCGGAUGAUCGGGGGCUAGCCUGGGUGGGGUGCCAUGGAGCACCCCAGCGCUCACAGGGGCUCCCCCAAGACAGGGGGGCCUUGCGCCCAGGAAGUCUGGAUGCUGAAAUAGACUCGCUGACCAGCAUGCUGGCUGAACUGGAUGGAGGUCGUGGUCAUGCCCCACGGCGGUCAGACCGGCAGGCUUAUGAGCCCCCUCAGCCCCAUGCCUACCGCACGGGCUCAGGUUCCCUGAAGCCGAAUGGAGGGGGUGUUCCGAUUCCUCCCCAACAGCUCUCUGCGCCCUCCUAUGGGGGUCCCACUCCGGCCUCCUAUGCUACAGCCAGCACCCCCGCCGGUCCUGCCUUCCCCGUGCAAGUGAAGGUGGCACAACCGGUGAGAGGCUGUGGCCCCCCAAGGCGGGGGGCCUCUCAGGCCUCCGGGGCCCUCCCGGGCCCCCACUUUCCUCUCCCAGGCCGAGGUGAAGUGUGGGGGGCUGGCUAUAGGAGCCACCGUGAGCCAGGUCCAGGGGGUAAAGAGGAGGCCGCAGGAGGACGAGGUGGCAGGUAUGGACCCCAGGUCCCCCUGAGCCAGCCUCCUGAAGAGGAGCUUGAGAGGCUGACCAAGAAGCUGGUGCACGACAUGAACCACCCUCCCACAGGGGAGUACUUUGGGCGGUGUGGCGGCUGUGGAGAAGAUGUGGUUGGGGAUGGGGCUGGGGUUGUGGCCCUGGACCGUGUCUUUCACGUCGGCUGCUUUGUGUGUUCUACGUGCCGGGCCCAGCUUCGGGGCCAGCAUUUCUAUGCCGUGGAGAGGAGGGCGUACUGUGAGAGCUGCUACGUGGCCACCCUGGAGAAGUGCUCCACAUGCUCCCAACCCAUCCUGGACCGGAUCCUACGGGCGAUGGGGAAGGCCUACCACCCUAGCUGCUUUACCUGUGUGGUGUGCCACCGUGGCCUCGAUGGCAUCCCUUUCACGGUGGAUGCCACCAGCCAGAUCCACUGCAUUGAGGACUUCCACAGGAAGUUUGCCCCACGAUGCUCAGUAUGUGGCGGGGCCAUCAUGCCUGAGCCAGGUCAGGAGGAGACCGUACGAAUUGUUGCUCUGGAUCGCAGUUUUCACGUUGGCUGUUAUAAGUGCGAGGAGUGUGGGCUGCUGCUCUCUUCCGAGGGUGAGUGUCAGGGCUGUUACCCGCUGGAUGGGCACAUCUUGUGCAAGGCUUGCAGUGCCUGGCGCAUCCAGGAGCUCUCAGCCACCGUCACCACUGACUGCUGAGUCUCCCCAGAAGCACCUGCUGCAUUCUCCCACCCUCCCUGACAUCUACCCUUACAACUUUGUCACCAAAUGCUGUCUCCUCUUCCUCCAAUCAUGAAAUAAUAAUCCCUCAAGAGUUUACAAAACCCA